AUGGAUAACUCUCUAGACGUUGCUGUAGCGAUGAAGGUGUCUGUCUGCUCUCUGUCUCUGCUGCUCCUGUUGAGCUGUGGGAGUCGGCCUGUGGAGAGUCGCCGUCUGCAUCUGGGCAGCUGCGCUGUCACUGUUCACAUACAUGAACUGCGGCAGUACUACGCUGACAUACGCCCAAAUGCUAUAGCAGGAGACAAUGAAUUGGCAGUGAAACUUCUGGAGAAAUCACUGAUGAAUGACAUUCAGGAGGGAGACAGAUGUUGCUUCUUGGGCCUUCUGCUACGUUUCUACGUCGAGAGAGUGUUCAACAACUACACCGGCUCUGAGUCACAGCACCAACGCUCUGUCAGCGCGCUGGCCAACGCUUUCAUCAGCAUCAGGAGAGACAUUAAACUCUGUCAUUGCCACUGUGGAGAGGAAACCCUGAGAAAAAUCGACUCCCUGCAUGCUGAGUUUAUCAAGCUGGACACAAAGCAGGCGGCAGUGAAGGCCGUGGGAGAACUGCACACUGUGCUGGACUGGCUGGAGACCACACACACAUGA